UUUAGUUGAAAGUAAAUCAUUGUUCCAGUUGUCGUCCUCCACAAACUAUCUCAUCAGAUACAACAAAAUGUUCAAAGUUAUCUUUCUGAUUGCUUCCCUGGCCUAUGCCAGCGCUGGAUACGCAGGAGUACAACAUACCUAUGAAACACCCGUAGCUGCACACUACUCUUCGGUUCCAAUCGUGGGCUACGGCACAUUCUCACGCAGCCACGCACCAUCUUUAGGCCAUGGGUACGCCCACGCUGCUUCAGUUCUGGCUGCUCCAACCCAAGUAUACUCCGCCCCUUUCACGAAGACUUACACUCACGGAUACAACUAUGCCCCAGCUCUAUCCUAUGGUCAGGGAUAUGCUCCAGCCCUGUCCCAUAACAGCUAUGGAUAUUCUGCAUACGCCGCUCCACUGAUCACCAAAACCGUUGCCAUUGCCCAGCCUCAGCUGUACCACCAGAACUCAUAUGCCACCCAGGCUGCUCCAGUUUUGGCCCACCAUGGCUAGAACUACGGUGCAUCUCAUCUCCUCGGGUACAACAACCAUCAUGGUCAUUACGCUUACUAAAAUCAGUUAAAACUAGAACCAAAAACACCUGUUGACGAGACCAGUUCAAACAAAUUAUGCACUUCAAUACAUUGCCCUUAAACCA